UGGCCUUUGAUCAUGUAGCUUGAGAGAAGACGUGAUACUCCCCCUGUUACAGCUUCUUCCAAGGAUCAAAAGUGGCACCGAGUAGUGUUCUAUUCAUUCCAUCAUCAUCAUCAUCAUCAUCAUCAUCGGGUGCUGAGAUGAAAGGAUAAUUUGGAUUGGUUGGUUUAAAAGGCCUCGAAGGCCGUCCUCUGACGCUGAAUUUUGGCCUGAUGUGGAUGGCGUCAUUCGUUUUAUGAAGGAAUGCGUGGAUGGAUUUAAGCUUUUGUUGUGUCUGACAGUAACACCCGAUUGCCCUCCAUCAGUGAUCUAUAUGUGAAAUCAUUGAAUGUGGGCCCGGAGGGCACGGAUGGGUUGGGAUGAGGUGACGGAUGGUUCUAUAAAGUAACUAACAGCAACUGUGGUUCCCUUCACUUGCUCACACUUGCUCUUUCUAGAGUACAGAAGCACCUUAGAUGGUGAUGUGCCAGUAAACAUUUCUUGGUUACGAUGAUUCCAAGACCAGCAUAAUUCUCCGACUCCUUUUCGUAACUUGUCAACCAUGGCGCUCAAGCCCUCGGGCUCUGCGGUAUUUACGGAUUCAACUUUGACGUGUAAUGACAAGAUUAAAGUGGCCGUUCGAGUCAGACCUUUCAAUGACAGAGAACGGAGUUUAAUGACCGAGAACAUCGUUGAAAUGGAUUCCAACCAAACGUUUUUACACGCACCAAACGAAAAGAACAGCCGCCGCUUACCUAAAGUGUUUGCGUUUGAUCAUUGUUUCAACUCAAAUCUGGAUUUGAGUGAUCCCCUCUCCUCUGACCAAGAAAAAAUAUUUUCUUCUCUUGGGUUGGAUAUUUUAGACAAUGCCUUCGACGGAUACAACGCUUGCAUAUUUGCGUAUGGACAAACGGGGUCAGGAAAGUCCUAUAGCAUGAUGGGUUCACUGGAUUCACAUGGUAUCAUUCCCCGACUUUGUAAUACCUUAUUUGAAAGGAUAAGCGCAAAAUUGCGUCUUGAACCUGAUUCUUGGCAAGCCAAAGUUGAAGUCAGCUAUAUGGAAAUUUACAAUGAGAAAGUGCAUGAUCUUUUGGACCCAAAAAUGUCGUCCAGACAUGGAUUGAAAGUUCGAGAACACAUCGUACUUGGCCCUUACGUUGACGGUCUGUCCCAAUUAGCUGUGGUCUCGUACUUGGAGAUUGAAGAUCUUAUGAUAGAGGGCAAUAAAAGUCGAACUGUGGCUUCUACGAACAUGAACAGUGAAUCUUCUCGAUCCCAUGCUGUUUUUAAUGUGAUAUUGACACAAACCUUGACAGAUCAAGAAAGUGGUGUCAGCGGAGAAAAGGUCAGCAAAAUAAGCCUUGUUGACCUUGCUGGUUCCGAGAGAGCGAUCAAAACAGGAGCAGUUGGAGAAAGGCUGAAAGAAGGGUCAAAUAUCAACAAAUCUCUUACUACAUUGGGCUUGGUGAUAUCAAAACUAGCCGAUCAAGCCUCGGGAUGUAAGACAAGGGACAAGGCUUUUGUGCCUUACAGAGACUCCACAUUGACUUGGUUACUUAAGGAUAAUCUUGGAGGAAAUAGCAAAACAGUUAUGAUUGCUACAAUUUCUCCAUCAUCGGACAGUUAUGAAGAAACCUUGUCAACCCUGCGAUAUGCAGAUCGUACAAAACGAAUUGUCAAUCAUGCAGUGGUAAAUGAAGACCCUAAUGCAAGAAUUAUUCGCGAGCUUAGGGCGGAAGUGGAUGCGUUGAAAGAGAUGCUAAAGCAUGCUUCACAACCGGAUAUUUUGAGAGAAAAGCUUUGUGAAAAUGAGAAGCUUAUGAAAGAGGUAUCCCUUACAUGGGAAGAAAAGUUACAAAAAACAGUUUUUAAUCUAGGUCAAACUCAAGAAGAUCGACGCCAAGCUUUAGAAAAAGUGGGAAUUUCUAUCCAAGCAUCAGGAAUUAAAGUACAGAAGGACAAAUUCUUCUUGGUAAAUUUGAAUAGUGACCCUUCUCUUAAUGAGCUUUUGGUGUACUAUUUGAAAGACUUCACACGUGUUGGAAGGGCUGGCGAUCCGUUGGAUCCAGAUAUUCAACUGUCUGGCGUGGGAAUUCAGCCAGAACAUUGCAGCAUCCAGUUGUUAAGCGGAGCUCUCAUCCUCACCCCUAUUUCCGGAGCGCGUACGUGUGUCAACGGUUUCGAAAUAAAGGCGGCAACUAAACUGGCCAACGGAGAUCGAAUUCUUUGGGGGUCCAACCACUAUUUCAGGGUCAAUUGUCCUAACACUUCAAGCUCAGAUACACAUACGCCACGAGUAUGUUAUGAUUGGAAGAUGGCUCAAGAGGAAGUGUUACAAGCUGAUCUUUCAAAUGAUCCGAUUAGAGUGGCCAUUGCUCGUCUGGAGCGACAACAUGAAGAAGACAAGUAUUCCGCUCUUCAAAAGCAAAGGAUUGAGUACGAAAAACAGUUUCAACAACUGAAGAACUAUAUGAGCCCCUCCACCCCAUUCGCUCCUUAUGUGCCUCAUGACAAUCUGUUCAUGCGUUCCGGUUACGGAGGAAAAAUCCCAUGCAAUCCAAUUAUGUCCAAAUUGGAAAAGUGGGGCCAAGAAAGAGACGAAAAUUUUAAAAGAAGUCUUUCAAAACUUCGCGAAGAUAUCAUGAGAGCAAAUAGUUUAACCAGAGAAGCAAAUCUCUUCUCAGAGGAGCUUGGACAGCCUAUUCGAUUUAGUGUCACCCUUCAAAUACCUCCUCAAAAUCUAAGCCCAAAUCGAAAGCGUGGAUCACUUGUCAGCGAACCAGCCAUUUUAGUUAAACGGAGAGGAAUGGGGAACCAAAUAUGGUCUGUGGAAAAAUUAAAUGGAAAAUUGAUAGAAAUACGAUCGGCUCUGGAAGAUUCUGCGGGAACGGAUUUGAAUAAGAAUGACAUUGAAAAUCCAUUCAACGAAGGAAACGAAAGUCAUUGCCUCAUUGGAGUAGCAAACGUUUUCUUGAGUUGCUUACAGUCCGACGUUAAAUUCGAUUACUUUGUUCCGAUCAUAUCCCAACAAGGUGUAGUGUCUGGACGCCUGCACAUCCAAAUUGAGCGGGCAUCUGGUAUAUUUCCUGACGACAAUUUUCAAACCAAUGAAAUUUAUUCUACCGGUUCUACUCCUACAACCGAGAACAAUGAAGAGCCGCCAACUAUGAUAGUGAAAGUGACAAUAAAAAAUGCCACAGGCUUACCACCUUCUUUGUCGAACUACGUAUUCUGCAUGUACAACUUGUGGGGAGAAGAUCUCACGGUUGUUCCGUCCCAUGUCUCCUCAAAUAUUCUAGAUUUUCAUUCAUCCACGCGGAAAAAUGAACAUGAUCUUCACUCGGUUCCAUGUCAAUUUGAGCACGAGCAAGAAUUUGCCAUUCCCAUUUGCGACGAGUUCAUCGAACAUUGUUAUGAAGGGGCACUAUCAGUGGAAGUAUAUGGUCAUCGCUCUUUAGAAUUCGUAGACCGCACGUUGUGCAACCCAAAAGAACAAAUGGCCAAAGCAAGAUCACUAGCAGACAGGUGGUCAGAAUUGUCUCGAAAACUGGCAUUAAACAUCGAAGUCCAGGAGUUAGACGAAGUUGGUGAAUAUGCAGCAGUUGAAGUUCAGCCUCGAGAAGACGUUGGAACUGGUGGGGUCUUUCAGUUGCGCCAAGGUCAACAACGAAAGCUCGUCGUCACGAUCAAAGCUGUCCAAAACUCAGGCACUUUGCCAAUCAUUUGUGACAGUAUUAUAAGCGUCUCUGUGGGAUGCCCAUUGGUGCGAAGUAAAUUGCAAAAGCCUUUAGACUCAUACCAGGAUGAGGAUCUUAACCUUCUGCGGAAAAAAUGGACUGAGGCCUUGGAAAGACGCCGUGAGUAUUUGGACUCUCAGAUUCAAAAAUAUUGGAGAAAGUCCAGUAAAUCCGAAGACGAGAUCGAACGCGAACGGUCCCUUGUUGAGCAAUGGGUGGGCUUGACCGAAGAACGAAACUCUGUCAUGGUUCCAAUUCCUGGAUCUGGUGUUCCUGGUGCACCAGCUGACUGGGAGCCACCCGAUGGCGUUGAGCAACAUUGUCCUGUCCUGUUUUUAGACCUAAUACCCGAUGACCUGUCAACAGGCUAUUCAGAGUCGGGGCAUGUACCUAUUUUUGGUAACAACUCUAUCCUUCCCAAGGAGCACGGUGGGAGAUUUUUGAGCUUACCCAUAAUUGCACAAUUUGAAAACGAAGUUGGUGUAACAUGCUCAUGGGACUCUUCCAUUCAUGACUCUUUGUCCUUAAACAAAGUAACUCCAGAAAACGAAAGGGCCUACGUGAUCGUAAAAACUGUGGUCAGACUUUCACAUCCAACGACUAUGGAUCUGGUUUUACGGAAGAGGAUAUGCUUCAACGUCUUUAAAAGGCAUUCCUUGACAGAUAAAAUUCGCAGGAAAAUGGGCCAUACCUCAUCUAUAACUUCUUUAGGAGUUAUUUACGAAAUCGUGUCAAACAUUCCCAAGGCAAGUGAGGAAUUGGAGGAUCGUGAAUCCUUGGCUGUAAUAGCAGCUUCGGGCCUUCAAGAUGAUGAGACUUCCGACGGGGAGUCAUUUAUCGAAAAAUAUACAAAAGGGGUUUCUGCUGUUGAGACGAUCCUUGCUUUGGACAGACUUCGACAGAGCGUGGUUGUGAAGGAGCUUGUUCAGGCAAAGAAUGCUAAAUCAAAAUUAUACGUUUUCAAUAACAACGGACUUACUUGGGACACUUCUACUCAACACAUGAGGAAAACUAUGAGCGUGCCAAAUUUUGGAAAUGUCAGUAACUCUGUCACUCUGGAGUCUACUUUUGAUCGAGUUAAUCGCUCUGAUUUAGAAUCUUCUGAAUCGAUCGACUCGAAGAAAAUUCAGCAAAAUGACAGAAAUAAUGGUUCUUUAAGUGCUAUGCGGCAUUCACUAUCAUUUUCCUCAGCAUUACGAAAUGUAUCAUUUUCCCCUGGAACGAUUGAGGCCUCAAUUGAAGCUGCAAAUAAUGGACAAUCUAGAUUGGAUUCUGUUCCAGAAUAUACCGAAACAUCCGAAAAACCUUACAGUUGUGACAAUGAUUCAAUCUUCGGGGCAAAUAAUCUGAAUGAUUUUUGUCAGUGUAUAACUCAAACAAGUGCAGACAAUAAUGCUGAUUUUACAAACUCGACUGAUCGUCCCACUUCGCUAAGCCUUUAUUGCAACCUCAAUCGACUGCAAGAUCCCAGCCAAGAAACUGUCACCAUAGGCACAACCAAACGCAAUCCUUCAUCAAACACAGAAGAAAGUUGCAAUCCUCCGAAAACAGCAAGUCCUGGAGAACAAGCUUCGAAUUUAAAGACGGCCGUUGAUGAAAAAAUUCCAGAACAAGCUGAAUUGGGAAUUCAGAAUGUGGCGAACAAGCUCUCUACAUUCGGUUCCAUUGCCCGAAACGAGACCUUAUCCCUAGCAUGCCAUCCCUCCGAACAAGUUCAUGAACCCGAGGAUACCAAAUCUACCAAGUAUCCUUUGUUCAGCACUAAUCGUGAUGAGAAUGGGAGCUCAACAGUUUUCAGGACUUCCCCCCCAAAAAAGGAUGUUAAUGCAGGAGGUAAUGGUCCUGGACUGAAGAGGAUUGAUAAUUCAGAUCAAUGUAGCUUGAGUCCAAAGCAGACGUCCCCUCCAGACGAAGAUAUCAAUACUCGCCACAACCUCUCGUACAACAUCAAAUUUGAUCGCUCCAAUCUGCCCUCUUGGGUGGUUGUUGGAGAAAGUGUUCAAGUUCGUCCCAGCUAUUCCUCAGGAGUUAUCAGUUACGUCGGGAUCACUGAAUUUGCGGCCGGUUUGUGGGUGGGAAUCACAUUAGAUGCACCAACAGGAAAGAAUGAUGGGUCAGUGCAGGGUGUUCGAUAUUUUAAAUGUGGAUCAAAACGAGGUGUAUUCGUGAAACCGGAAAAAGUGCAAUUGGACAAACGAGGGCGAUCUCUGAGGAGAACUCCAUAGGAUCGUCGUUCAUCGAGUUAAAGAACAGCACUAAUAUCGUUCAAAAAUAGUAAUAAAAUGUGAAAUCUUGAA